CUCACUCACUCACCCACCACGCUUUAUCAUAACAAUGGCCGAACAAAUCAAGCAAGCAGUCAGCAGCGUGCUGCCCGGCCAGUCCGGUAAUCAAGCAGCAUGGCUUGACAAAGAAUCACGGCAUCCACUGCGAGUUGGUCCAGCUGAUAUGCCAAGCGCGGGCGACGGCGAGAUCGUUGUGAAGAACCACGCCAUCGCUAUCAAUCCAGUCGACUGGAAGAUCCAGGAUUACGGCCUCUUUGUCCAAAAGUGGCCGUUCGUGCUGGGCUGUGAUGUGGCUGGCGAGGUGUAUGAAGUCGGCAAAAAUGUCACAAAAUUCCAGAAGGGCGAUCGCGUGUUUGGACACUCCACAACUCUCGCCACUCAGAACACGAGCCAUGGUGGUUUCCAGCUGUACACAGCCAUUCAGGCCCACUUCGCAGGAAUUGUGCCGAGCAAACUGUCCUACAACGAAGCUGCGGUGCUGCCAUUGGCCAUAAACACUGCUGGCCAGGGACUGUACGACACACGGGAAAAGGGCUUUCUUGGCUUGCCUUUUCCCUCGCUCAACUCACAGCCCAUCGGCAAGACAAUCCUUGUGUGGGGUGGAUCUUCCUCAGUUGGUGCUCUCACAAUUCAACUUGCCACGGCGUCUGGUGCCAAAGUCAUCACUGCUGCUAGCAAGCACAAUCACGCUUUCGUCAAGAAGCUAGGAGCUGUAGCAGCUCUUGACUACAAAGACCCAACAAUUGUUGACGAUGUUGUCAAGGCCAUUCAAGCUGCUGGUGGAGAGUUCGCGGGUAUCUAUGAUGCAAUCGCGACCGAAGAUUCGUUCAAAUAUACGUUCGCUAUCGCGGAGAAGAUGGGAGUUCCCAACGUUGCCGGUACUCUACCUCCGCCAGAAAAGGGCGCACCGGAAACUGUGAAGUAUGGCAAUGUUUUCGCUAUCAAUGAAAUUAAUAAACCGCUCUGGGAGAAUUUUGUGUCGCAGGCACUUGAGGCGGGCAAGCUGCUGGCAGUACCGGAGCCACUUGUUGUAGGAAAGGGUCUGGAGAGUGUGCAGAAGGGUAUGGAUACCAACAAAGCUGGUGUCAGCGCGAAGAAGGUCAUUAUCGAACUCUAGGCUUGUAGUGGACUCGUAAUUGAAUAAACCUUUC